AUGAAGUCCACAGGGAGCGAACAGGGUGCCAUGCCGGACGGUUUCCCCUCCGACCUGGACGAACUGGAUAGCGGAAGCGAGGAGAGCUCCGACAACAAGUCGAUGGGCGGCGGCUGUAGCCCCCAGGGAGUGGGCCGGGAGCGGGCCAGGCAGAGGGAGAGGGGGUGCAGCAGGCGUCUGCAGGGCGUUAGCAAACAGAGGCAGGCAGCCAACGCGCGGGAGCGGGACCGGACCCACAGCGUGAACACGGCCUUCACCGCGCUGCGCACCCUCAUUCCCACAGAACCAGCCGACAGGAAACUGUCCAAGAUCGAGACGCUGCGCCUGGCGUCCAGCUACAUCUCCCACCUUGCCAACGUGCUGCUGCUGGGGGACGAGUGUUUGGAUGGACAGCCCUGUCUCGGGUACCACAGCAUCUUGCAGAGCAGCACCAACAUCAACAGCAGCAGCCCCCCGCUCAGGCCCAUAUGCACUUUCUGUCUCAGUAACCAGAGGAAAACGCCAGUCACGUGGUUGUAA